CCCUCUCCCCCCUCCCCUCUAUUCUCUCCUCUCCAUUUCUCUUCUCUUUCCCUUGCAUCUCCAUCAGGACAUGUUAACCCUUUGCUUUUCAUAGAAGUUGCUCGGUCUAGUCACCUUUAGGGGGUGGUGGGGCGGAGGGCACCUUCCACUUUAAGAGCGCUCCAAUGACAGGCCCAACAAGCCCAGUGGGUACAGCUUCGAGAACCCACACUACUUUCCUGCCUCUCCAAGUGUCUGUAGUUGAAGGCUGAUGAACGCUGGGUACUAGCAAACCCGAGGGCGGGCUAGGAGAGCCUGGGAGGAGGGACUCUCUUGGGGUGCGGUGGAGGGGGGGAGAAACAGUGAGAGGAGAGAGAGAGGAAAGAGGGAGAGAGAGGGACAGUCCAGUCACUGCUGUGUGAGUUAGAUAACCAUCAAAAACUAAAAAGAAAAAAAUUUGUAGCGACCAGGCAAGGGGAAAAGGGGGAAAAAAAAAAAAAAAACCAAAAACGUGAUUGUAUGUGAGCGUCCCCGCUCUCCCUCUGCGGGAACCCAGAAACGCGAUGCAGCACCCUCUGACGGGGGCCACCUGCGUGGCGCUCCCCAACGUGGGCAUGUGUCCCCAGCUCUCCUGUGCCUUGACUUUCAUGUACUUACAGCAGGGUAAUCAGGAAGCAGCAGCCGCCCCUGACACGAUGGCUCAGCCUUAUGCCUCAGCCCAGUUCGCUCCGCCUCAGAACGGCAUCCCUGCGGAAUACACGGCCCCUCAUCCCCAUCCUGCGCCAGAGUACACCGGCCAGACCACCGUCCCUGAGCACACGUUAAACCUGUAUCCUCCUGCACAGACGCACUCGGAGCAGAGUGCCGCGGACACAAGCGCACAGACCGUCUCUGGUACCGCCACACAGACAGAUGAUGCAGCACCAACGGACGGCCAGCCCCAGACACAACCUUCUGAAAACACAGAAAACAAGUCCCAGCCCAAGCGGCUGCAUGUCUCCAAUAUCCCCUUCCGGUUCCGGGAUCCAGACCUCCGACAAAUGUUUGGUCAAUUUGGUAAAAUCUUAGAUGUUGAAAUUAUUUUUAAUGAGCGAGGCUCAAAGGGAUUUGGUUUCGUAACUUUCGAAAAUAGUGCGGAUGCGGACAGGGCGAGGGAGAAAUUGCACGGUACCGUGGUAGAGGGCCGUAAAAUCGAGGUUAAUAAUGCAACAGCACGCGUAAUGACUAACAAAAAGACCGUCAACCCCUACACAAAUGGCUGGAAAUUAAAUCCAGUUGUGGGUGCAGUCUACAGCCCAGAAUUCUAUGCAGGCACGGUGCUGUUGUGCCAGGCCAACCAGGAGGGAUCUUCCAUGUACAGUGGGCCCGGUUCACUUGUAUAUACUUCCGCAAUGCCCGGCUUCCCCUAUCCAGCCGCUACUGCUGCAGCUGCCUACCGAGGGGCGCACCUGAGAGGCCGUGGCCGCACCGUGUACAACACCUUCAGGGCUGCGGCGCCCCCACCCCCGAUCCCUGCCUAUGGCGGUGUUGUUUACCAGGAUGGAUUUUAUGGUGCAGACAUUUAUGGUGGUUAUGCUGCAUAUCGCUAUGCCCAGCCUACCCCUACCACUGCCGCUGCCUACAGUGACAGUUACGGACGAGUUUAUGCUGCCGACCCCUACCACCACACACUUGCUCCAGCCCCCACCUACGGCGUUGGUGCCAUGCCCCAAGGUUCCAGCCCCAGCACAGACUUCAGAGGAGCUAAGCUGCACACUUCCAGGCCUCUGCUGUCAGGCAGCUGAGAAUCUGCCUGCCUCUCCUCCCCUUUUACAAUUCAUGUUUAAAGUCAUAGUCGCCCAGGAGAGAAAGUAGACAGAGGGGCACGCUGUGUGUGUGCCUAGUACAUAAGAAAUUAAGGAAUCAGCUGGGUUUGGGGGUUGUCUUGUUUUUUUUUCCUUGGGGGGUGGGGUGGGCUGUCUGGGAUUUUGUUUGGGGAAGGGGAAAGGGGAGGGGAAAAGUGGGGGGUGAGGGUGGGUGAAUUUGCCUGUACUUGUUCAAACUUCUAUGCACUAAAACUCUUGAGUCCAGUAAGACGUGCCCAUCGCGUGAGGGCCUAUCGAUCAUUCCUGCGCUUUGGCAUGUAGUCUUCUGCCUGAGUCAAGAAUAUCAGCCCUGACCCUAAAAACCAACCCCACAGGCAUUCACUGGAAUCGCCAAUACUUUUAGCAAAGGGAAAUGGUUAAGUGUCACCUCAUAACCAGAGAAAGCUACAGUCAGACAAUUCCUUGGAACCUGGUCGUAGAAACCCAACCAGGACUUGGAAAACGUACUGUUCUGCACAAGUUCAGCUACACCCAGCAGGGCCCCUCUGCUGCUCCCCUCACAAGGUCAGGUUCAUAGGGUGUCAUGCGGAAUCAAAGAUGCAGGCUUUUAUUUUUAUCUUGAUUUGGCAUUCAGCAACUCUGCUUCGACACCUACGUCAAUCGAGGAAAGGGUUGGAAUGGAGAGUUGAAUCCCUACAUUCAAUAAAUUGUCUAGAAUCAUCCUUGAAUAUAAAUAAAGUUUCCCCCAGGGGAACAUCUUGUCAAUUAAUCCAUCCAUCAAAGAAACAAACCAAUAAAACAAGACAGUUUAAAUCCUUCCAUUGUCCCAUUUGUGAACUAGAGAGUCCUCAUAGCUAACAGGACUGCCUGACACAAUUUGAUGUCAUAGGGAUUUUUCUUUAGAAGGAGUUGCUAUAGAGAGGUCAGGACUGGCCCUAUUUUUAGCUUCCUGAAAGAGCCCUGGGAUUGGGAAGGGGAUGCCGCCCCCCACCAUUUUGGUUGGUUUUGAGUGUCUUUUUUUCGACAUUAGUCUUUUUGAUGAUCCACAUGUUACAAAAGGAAAAAUGUAAAAAAACACACACCUCAAAUUGCUUUGUUUCAGAAUGCUUUUGCGCCCUUGACUGAUGCCAAGACUAGGAGCCAUGCUGAUGAUGUGGGUCUCGUUCUUUCUUCAUUGCAGGCUAGUAUAUACCGAGGGGGAUACAACCGU